GCACGUGUAAAUUCAAAUGCAUUUUCCAACAUUAUGGUGAUAUUUUGUACCACGUUAAUCAACACAGUUUUAACAUAAACAAAAGCGGUAGAAGUAACAAACUGUAGCAGCAUAUACAACAUUAACCAAGAUAGAAUAUGGAUAUUAGGAACUGGAUUGGAUUGUUUGUGUUGGGGACAAUCAAUAACCUACCGUAUGUGAUUGUAACAUCCGCAGCUAGUACCAUAGCAGACAGCUUUGGAAAGAAAAAUCUGAUAGGACUAGUAUUUGGAGCAAAUGUGGCACUUUCUGCAAUAGUGAAAACAAUUAAUGGUGCGUUCCUGCUAAAUGUUCCUUAUGGGGCCAGGUUUAUCGCUAAUGCUGUAUUGAUGCUCAUAGGUCUAUUUGGAGUUGCAUAUGCACCUAGUUUUUGGUUCUCCUUGGUCUGUAUUGUGUUUGUUGGUGCUAGUGCAGCAUUUGGAGAAAAUGUUGCUCUGGGAUACUUGAGACUGUUUCCCAGUAAGAUGGUGAAUGCUUGGUCCAGUGGUACAGGUAUGGCAGGCGUUCUUGGUUCGCUGCUCUACAUUACUUUUGGAUGUGUUGUUGGGGCAGGGGGAGAUAACCAGGAUAAACUCAGACACCUUAUACAAUAUGCUUUUUUACUGACGAGCCCAGCUGUUGCAUUAUACCUCGUAUCUUACUUCUUUAUCAUCAAAUGCCCAAAGACUGUGCCAGCCGUCCCUCAAGUACAGGAAGAAAAGGAACCAAUGCUAGGUGAUUCCUCUACUAUACAGGAUGAAGAAGAAUUUCCUUCUGUUGAUGUAAAGGAGUCAUCAUUUAGGAGAAUUUUUAGAUGUUUAAAGCUUGUCCUGUGGAUGGCCCUCAAUCUGAGUGCAGUUUACCUGUUUGAGUACAUAGCCCAGGGUUGUGCAGCCAAGGUUCGACCAAAGUCUGAGUACAAUGUUGGGUGUCCGGAACUGUAUGCUGGUCUCUCACUCUGUUAUCAGGCUGGAGUGUUUGUAUCAAGGUCAUCAGUACAGAUGUUCCAGAUCAGAAAAGUACAUAUACUGUCAAUACUACAGUUCAUUAACAUGAUGUUGUGGCUGAUUGACGUUCAUUACAAGUUUUUACCAGUGUCAAUAUUGCCAUCUUUGAUGAUCUACGUAGGUCUGCUUGGCGGAGCCUCAUAUGUAAAUAUAUUUUACCUGCUUCUACAUGAUGAUAAAUACCCAGACAAGGACAGGGAACUGUGUAUAAACAUUACAGCAUUAUUUAUAACCUUUGGUAUUAUUGGAGGGACUGCUGUAGAGACUCUGUUGUUCAGCACUGCACUCAAAAAUGAUUAAUACUGUGAGAGAACUUCAUCGUUCUAGACUAAAGUGACAUUCCAGCAGACCCUGAUCAGGCAUUCGCUUACAGACAUUGGCACUUUGGAUUUCCCCCCAGCAUUGAAUUUGUUUUCACUGUUGAAAGAUGUAAACCUAUCGAAAAUGAUAAACUUCUUGAGUACCUGGUUAUAAACUGAGUUUAGAGACCAGUCUCAAAAUGGCAGUAUAUGAUUGGUUGAUUUUGAGCAUGUUCUUGAAAUUGACCAAUGGCAAGGCUGCAUUUUGAAACUGGUCUCAUAAGUCAGUUGGUUGAUGUAAAUGUUAUUAUUAUUUAAAUGAAUAUUUAAAGUAAUUACAAAGCAUAGAUCAGCCAUAACUUUUCAUAAAUUUAAUUAAUACAAUUUUCAGUUUAACUAAAUAACUGAAAGUGUGGCUUGGUUGCAAGAUUAAAACUAGGUUACGAGACAAGUCUCAGAAUUUAGUAUUGCCAUUGACCAAUUUGAGAUAUGAGAGUUUUAUGACUGAUUUUAAAAGGACUACGGGUUGUGUUUUAAGGUGCUUGUUCUCCACUUCCAGAAACUGUGCAAUAUUAUUUUGAAAUGUGUGAUAUGUUCUGCUAUAUUUUAUAAAGAAACUGUUGAAAUGUGUUAUAUGUGUCCAUGACACCAGAAACAUAUUUCAUGACAAUGUGAGUGUCCUGAAACCAACAUAAAAUGUAAGCUUAUCUGGUAUUUUCUGCUAUUUUCAUAUCGAGUAUUUUAUGAUUGUUGUUGUUGUUGUUGUUUUUUUUAUUGCAGUAUUGAAAAAUUUUCAGUGAGUGAACACCAAAUGUGGUGUAGUCAUUUGUGAAAAAUUUUAAUUUUGGUGAUCUUA